UUUAUAAUGUCAGUUAUUCGUCCUUAGAAUUUUCCCAGUGCAUCAGAAAUUCUCUUAUCCUUUAUUGUUUCACCUGAUUGGUAAUAUGGAAACCACCAUCACAAACAACAUUUUUACCAAAUAUGCCCAGGACUUAUGAGCCUGGUCACUCAGUCGGGAUGUUGGCAGCUGUGGAACACGGUCCGAUUCUCUGCAGCGACUCCAACAUCCUCAGCCUCUCCUGGAAAGGCCGGGUCCCCAAGAGUGAGAAGGACAAGCCGGUGUGUCGGAGGCGGUACUAUGAGGAGGGCUGGCUGGCCACUGGGAACGGGAGGGGAGUCGUGGGUGUGACGUUUACCUCCAGUCACUGCAGGAGGGACAGGAAUACCCCCCAGAGAAUCAACUUCAAUUUACGGGGCCACAACAGUGAGGUUGUCUUGGUGCGCUGGAAUGAGCCCUUUCAGAAGCUGGCCACAUGUGACAUGGAGGGAGGCAUCUUUGUGUGGAUUCAGUACGAGGGACGGUGGUCUGUGGAGCUGGUAAACGACCGCGGUGCCCAGGUGAGUGACUUCACCUGGUCUCAUGACGGCACUCAGGCCCUGAUUGCCUACAGGGAUGGUUUUGUCCUGGUGGGUUCCGUGAGCGGACAGAGACACUGGUCGUCUGAGAUCAACCUGGAGAGCCAGAUCACCUGUGGCAUCUGGACACCAGACGACCAACAGGUGUUGUUUGGGACAGCAGAUGGUCAGGUGAUAGUGAUGGACUGUCACGGACGCAUGCUGGCCCACGUCCUGCUACACGAGUCGGAUGGAAUCAUCAACAUGUCCUGGAACUGCCCCAGCUUCCUGGUCGAGGACAGCACAGAGAGUGACACGGACACGGACGACAAUGGCCCACUUCAAGGUGCUCCCUCCAUGCGCUACACCACACACAUGCGCAACGUGAAACCUCUGCUGACGGUCAGCUUCAUAUCUGGGGACAUCAGUUUGAUGAAUCACUAUGACGACCUUUCUCCUAACGUAAUCUGCUCCGGGCUCAAAGAUGUGGAGGUGCAGUGGUGCUCCCAGGGGGACCUUCUGGCCGUGGCGGGGAUGGAGCGCCACGGGCUCCCUACGGAGUCCACCUGUGCAUCCAUAAUGAGGAACGCCUUGGUCAAGUUCUACAAUGUCCAGGGAGAACACAUCUACACACUGGAGACACCAGCCCAGAGACCCAUCACCACCAUCUGCUGGGGCCACAGAGACUCACGCCUGUUCCUGGCGUGUGGGCCGGCGCUCUACGUGGUCCGCGUGGAGCACAGGGUGGCCAGCCUCCAGCUGCUCUGCCAGCAGGGCAUCGCCAGCGCCCUGCGGGAGGAGAGGGACGUGGGCAAACUAAACAUGCCCUCCCUGCUCUGCUCCUACGUCACCACUGCCUUCAUACCCACCAUCAAGCCUCCAAUCCCUGACCCCAACAACAUCCGGGACUUUGUCAGCUACCCCACGGCAGGGAACGAGAGGCUGCACUGCACCAUGAAGAGGGCGGAGGACAACCCUGAGGCGGGGGGGCCCUGCUACACUCUUUUCCUGGAGCACCUGGGUGGGCUGGUGCCCAUCCUGAAAGGACGCCGCAUCAGCAAACUACGCCCAGAGUUUGUCAUCAUGGACCCCAAAACAGACGGCAAAGCAGACGAGGUGUGUGUGAAUGCCAUGAUAUCCUACAUGACGGACAGCUGUAACUGCUCCGACUCCAGUGACAUGGAGCUGAGUGACGAGUGGGUCGGCAAGAAGUCUCCAAAGCUCUCCCGAGGGAACCGGUCACCCAAACACUCCAGGAUGAACAUGGAAUCUAGGAAAUCUCCGAAUCUGUCACGCGUUACUCAGGAAGGGCCACGAUCACCACGGUUACCCACCAGGAAGGCCGCGGUUCGUUCCCCUAGUCUGACACGGAGAGAAUUCUCCAUGGAUGGAAUCACUGAGCAUAAUUACCUUGCUCAGGUUACAUCCAAUAUUUGGGGGACAAAGUUCAAAAUUGUUGGACUUGCUUCUUUCCUGCCUGCCAAUCUUGGUGCAGUUAUCUACAAGACCAGUUUGCUGCAUUUGCAGCCGAGACAGAUGACCAUUUAUCUACCAGAGGUUCGGAAGAUAUCUCUGGACUUCAUGAGCCUGCCUGUCUUCAACCCCAACGUCUUCAGCGAAGAUGAGGAUGACUUGCCCGUUAUGGGGCCCUCGGGUGUGUCAGGUGACAACCCUCCCUGCACAGUCAACAUCCCCAUCGCCCCCAUCCACAGCCCUGCCCAGGCCAUGUCCCCCACUCAGAGUAUUGGACUGGUCCAGUCCCUGCUGGCCAAUCAAAAUAUUCAGCUGGAUGUCCUGACCAAUCCCACGGCCACGGCAGCAGCGGCGGCGGCAGCCUCAGUCCCAAUAUCUGAGCACAGCCAGGAGGCGGUUGGCGCCCAGUACCCUGUGGCAGCGCGCUACUCCAAUCCAGGACAGGAGCAGCACCAGCAGAUGCAGAGGCAGCACCAGCAGAUGCAACAGCAGCUGAAGAUGCAGAUAGCGCUGCCCCCUCCACCGCCCACCGGCUACCCCACCAUCACUCUGCAGCAGCUGCAGCUCCUCCCCCCGCCCCAGGUGCCCCACCCUGGCAAUGAGCUGGGCGGGGAGAGAGGAGGGGAGCACGGGCACACCCUGAAGCCCAGCCUGCCGCGGUCUCUGCCUCCAUCCUUCAUGGAGGCAGACUCCUCUCUGGAGCUCCAGAUGAGGAAGGUAAACCCCCCUCCGCCUUACCCGGGCACGGCAGUGUCCGCGGCCUCUGCCUCUGCAGCCUCUGCGGGCCUCAUCACCAACUGCGACAGCCCCAGUGUGCUGCUGGCGGAUCCCUGCCUGAAGAAGGAUGAGUUCUCCCUGCAUCAGGUCGGCCUCCAGUACCCAACCCCAUUGGGCUAUGAGCGGAUCACCACCUUCGACAGCAGCGGGAACGUGGAGGAGGUGUGUAGGCCGCGCCGACGGCUCAUCCGCAACCAGAGCUCGUCCUACGCCGUCCAGGCCAUGGGCGGCUCCGCCACCCUCAAAGUCACCUCGUCCGAGAGCAAGAAGGUGCAGCUGCCCUACAGCUCAGCCACCCUGAGCCGCCUCUCCGUCCCCAGGUACUCCAUACCCAGCGGAGACCCGCCCCCUUACCCAGAUCCAGCCAAUCAGGUCACCACCAACGUCCCACUGGCUCCUUCCCAGAGGAUAGACAGCAGCCUGAUUCAUGCCACGCUUCGACGCGACCGGAGAGAUGUGGCUCUGAAGGUGCCUCAGAUGGUUGACACCUCGCGGACCCUGCCGACUAAGUCGAAGAUGAACAGCGCCCUGGCCCUCUCCAACCAGCAGAGGGUGCCCACUGCGUUGUAUACGUGCACUCAGUGUAGCAGUAACAGCAGCAGCACCAGCGUUAACGUCAGUGGAGGAACCAGCAGCAGUGGAAUAGCCGGGGGAACCGUCGUACGCCAAGAUUUCCCUCCUGGAAAGGGUGCCCAUCACAGCACCAUAAUCGUGCACUCUAAAAGUACCUCUCCUCUAGCCUCUCAGUCAUCAUACAGUCUCCUGAGUCCUGGUGACAACGGCCGAGACAGGACGGUGUACGUGAACUCUGCCUUCACUGAAGACGAGACUCUCAAUCAGCAGUGCCAUUUGGAGAAAUCCGUGCGUCAUUUGACCCUGGGGGAGGUUAGUUUGACGGUGAAACGUCCACCUCCGUACCAAUGGGACCCCUCUACCACGGAGGAGUUUUGGCUGUCCCAGGGUCAGGCUAUUCUGCCCCCUCCUCCAGGAGCACACAAACCUCCACCGCUCAUCUUCAGCCAGGCUCAACACCUGGACAUGACGAGGCUGCCUUUCGUCAUCACCACCAAACCUUCGAGCAGUCCCAGUAACGUGACCUUCCAAUCAGGAUACCAGAUCUCCCUGUCACCUUUCCCACCAGGUGUGUCUCACAGUGGACCCCCACUGCAGUCCAUGCAAAGCACCUCACCACAGUGCGCUCCCAAUGAGGUCAUCAACCCGGUCCCCUUCGCUCAGACAGAUGCUAGCCUGGUCCUACCACCGGGAUACCCACCCAACCUGGCCAACCUGGCCUGCUGCCCCCUCCCUCCAAUGUACCCAGGAGCAAGCUCCUGUACUGGGCUUCAGCUCCACCCCGUCACCUUGCACCCCUGGAACCCUUACCCGUGUCCGCCCCCCAUGCACGACCAGCCCCCACCCCUCCCGACCAAGACUCACCAGCUGCUAGAGAAGCCAGUCCUUUCCCCACCUCCGACCGCCCCACCCCCUCCGCCUCCCCCUCUCCCCCCUCCUCCUCCACCCACUGAGAUUCCCAACCCUAAAAGUGCCACGGAGGAGCUGGCAGGGUCUGCCAACAGUUUUCCAGAGCCGUCCUCCCUAAACGAAAGCCCGGUCCCGCAGACCUCGGACAAGUUCAGCAAGAAGAGUCGCAAGCGUCUGGACAGCAGGGCGGAGGAGGCCAGCAUGACCACCGUCUCUGAGGGCAGAUCCAAAAAGGAGGGCCGGGCCCUCUCUGACUUUAACUCCCUCAUCUCCAGCCCGCGACUGGGCGGCAGGGAGAAGAAGAAGCCCAAGGGCCAGAGGGAGCAGCUCAACAAAGCCAAGAAGCUGAACAGGACCGCCAACGAGUUUCAGGACAGUUCGGAGAGUGAGCCCGAGCUGUUCAUCAGUGGUGACGAGCUGAUGAACCAGAGCCAGAGCAGUAAGAAGGGCUGGAAGAGCAAGAGGAGCCUCCGCAUGGCCAGCGAGCUGGAGGAGAUCAAGUGUCGCAAGGCUAACGAGAGAGAGGACAGGGGGCUGGGCAGCCAGGGCUUUGUCUACGUCAUGGCCAACAAGCAGCCGUUGUGGAACGAGGCCACCCAGGUCUAUCAGCUUGACUUUGGAGGACGAGUGACACAGGAGUCAGCGAAGAACUUUCAGAUUGAGCUGGAUGGCAGACAGGUGAUGCAGUUUGGCAGAAUUGACGGUAAUGCCUAUAUCUUGGAUUUCCAGUAUCCUUUUUCGGCAGUGCAAGCGUUUGCCGUUGCCUUGGCAAACGUUACUCAAAGGCUGAAGUAAAUCCGUGCCCUAAACUGGUGACAAACUGGUUAUUUUAUUAAAUGUCAUCGGUCCAUUAAAUUCAGUUAAGCGUUAAACAAAGACAGGAGGUGUCAUGGAGUUUGUACCAUUUGUCUCCUCCAGGGAGGCCAUACAUCAGGUUUAGUUUUAAGUAUAUUGCAAAGGAUUCAUUGCUAACUGAAGAGAAAAGUUUGACUGCCAGUUUGGGCUUUGACUGUGUGCAAUAGAGGCUGUCCACCUCGUCCAAAGGUGGAAAGUCAUCAUAGUGCUAACAUUAUCUUGAGAUCAUUGUUCAAUAGCCAGGGGAGGAAUCGUGAAGUUGGAGAAACCACAUAUGAAUUUAUGAAUUUGACAAUGUAUUUUACAGAACCCCGAAAAUACUUAAAGUUAUUAGGUUUUCAUGGAAAGAUGUGUCGAUUACAAUUAUGGAAUGCAUGUUUAAAGAAUAGGUUCAUAGAUUUGCCCUCCUAUGGCCACAUUAUUUCAUUAUUCAAAUCAUGUCAUAAAUAGAAAAUAUAUAUAAAAUGCAGACCUUGGUUGUUAAUUUUAGGCUUAUAGUGUUAACUCUGUUUUGUUAAUGAUACUGUAUUUACCAUGAUGCUACUUGAAGUUGCAUUUGAAUGUAAAAUGUGUUGCCUCUGCAGUUUCUGAUGCUGCUUUUCAAUAGUUAAAUCUAAGCCUGCAUUUUUGUUGAACACCGUGUGCAUUAUCUGCAACAUAUUGCUCAUAUUCACUGGUAAUACCUGACAUUACUUUCUUGUAAUGUAUGUGGUUGCACUGAUUACAUGAUUGAUACAAUUGUAGAUGGUUCAGGACUACUCUUGCACAAUCAAACCCCUGCCUGAGAAUAACACUCUCCUCCUCUUUGGACCAUGAGAAUAGCCUCUUGACCCCAAGGUAGAAGUUUGGGUUACCCUGUUCUUUUGUAUAGUAUUAUUCUGUAAUCUAUUCUGUGCACUCAUUUCAAGCAACACAAUGUGAAGUAUUACCCUUGAAUGCAAGGGUCUGAUAGAACAUAUUGCUGCUUUGUGAACAUGCUUUAUAAAAAUGGUCUGGUGCUUUUUUGUGUUUAUUUGAAAAGAUACCUGCUGCAAUUUAUAUUUUAAUGCUUAGAUCUACAAGGAAACUAAAAGUGUGUUGUCAUUGUCAGCGUUUACUGCCUAUAAAGUAUU